CAAACUGAUUACAUUCGACUAUGUUAUCGUUCGAUGAUAGCAACUGAUAUUGAUAUAAAUGAAAACAAUCUCGUUGAUAUGAAACCUUCCUUGGAGCUAAUGAGGUUGUUCCCAGUAUUUGCUCAAUUUAGAGAUGAAAUUAGGGUUUUGCUCGAAACAUAUGCAAAAGAGGUUGACAAGGACCCACGGUCUUUACCGGACAAAGAAUUGGGAACGAAAGAGCUUCUCACAGCAUUUGAAAGAUACAUGUAUAUGAAAGGAAAGGAAGACAACGACGUUGAAUUGUUUGAAUAUCAAAAGGAGUUAGCAAGAGAGGGCUGUGAGGGCGAAAGCGUAGUCAUAAUGGCUCCCACAAACUCUGGGAAAACGUACGUGGGCAGCCGUAUAAUGCAAGUUCAUCUCCGUAGACAAAAGGCGCAAGCUCUACUUGCAAAAGUAAUUUUCGUGGUUGAGAACGAGGCACUAGCUUUUCAGCAAGGCAAAUUGUUUGCGAAGAAACUGCCUGCAUAUAGAACCAAAGUGUUUACCGGAAGUGUCCAGCGGGAUAAGCAGCAAUACCUCUGGGACUUUCUUGCAAGUCGUGACAUUUUUGUGGUGACAGCACAAGUGUUGGUGAACGCCCUUAAAACUGGUCAAAUUCAAAGUCUUACACAGUUCUCGCUUAUCGUGUUUGAUGAGUGCCACCACUCGAAUCAGCAACACAGGUACAACGAGAUUUUGUGGAAAUACAUCGAAAUGAAGUUGCAACCUGGUACCGAUGUCGCUGGAUUGCCACAGAAAAGAAUGAUGUUUUCGGAGUGCUUUGAUGAUGAACCUGAAAACCCAAAAUUAGUUAAAAUGGGACAAAUUCUACAAGACGUGCUCGUUGCUGACAACACUUCCAGAGGAAUCAUAUCUGUGAAAACCCGUGAACUCGCAAAGGCACUUGUAAGCUGGAUUAACGAGACGGACAAUUUGAAAAUCUUACACGCAUCCGAGUUUGUUGGUCAAAAUGUGGCAACUUCGAAAGGAAGUAUGACCAAAUGUAAACAGAAGGAUGCUCUGGAAUAUUUCAAAGGCGGUCGUCACAAGGUGAUUAUAGCAACGUCGGUUGCAGAAGAAGGACUUGAUAUCCGUAAGUGUAACCUCGUGAUCCGUUAUGAGCACGUCACCAACGAAAUUGUGCGCCGUCAAUCCAUAGGCCGCGUUCGGACUGAUUUCAGUCGAUAUCUUGUGAUAUCGGAAGAGGGAUCGUGGAUACUUGAUAAAGAAGAAGAGAAUCACCGUUGCGAGGAGCUUAUGAAUCCGAUUGUACCGCACUUGCAGGCAUUCAUAGAUGAUCGUGUCAAUCUUUGGGAAAAUGAGCUUCUCACGAUACAAACGGAGAUGAAAGAAGAACGUGACCGAGAAAAAGAGAGAAGACGCUUGAACAUGGUCAACCAAGUGCAAUUCCAAUGCUUAAACUGCAGUGCGUUUAUUUGCAGGUCAGACGACAUAAAAUGCAUCAUGGGCGUUCAUCAUAUUAUAACUGAUCCAGACGCUGACGAAAGACUCAGACUGGAGCGUGACGCUCCAUAUUUUGUAGAACCAGAAGGUUUAGAAUACGGCGGGCAGGUGUAUUGCGCUAAUGUCAGUUGCCAGUUAAAGUUAGGAGUUAUCUGUACGUUUUUUAAGUAUAAGUACAUUGACUUUCCAUUGAUUUCACUGAAAGCGUUUCGAGUCGUUAAUCCAGAUGGCACUGGGAAAUCAUACAAAGUAUGGAAGAACGUUCCUUGUAAAAUAGCUGAUUUCACAUUUGAUGAUCUUAGAGAUGUAUAGCUGACCGGUUGAAUAAUUUUGUGUAAACAAUGUAUACUUGCAUACGUGAUAUGUGAGCAAAUUAUUUGCAUUUUGCUCGCCCGUCAUUCCGUCGCACGUUUUUUUUGUGUGCUAUCAGAUCGGAUAAAUGUCGGUAAAUUGAAAAUAAUGGAAAUUGAUUUAUAGUGCACAAUGUGUUAUUUGGAUGGUUAGAAGAAGCUAAUGUGAACAAUUCAAGAAACAUGUUUUAUGAUGUCUAGCUUGUUAUUUCGAUGUCUUUGAUCUGAAGAUAAAAUUGCAUUCAAAUAACUGGACCCAUUGUAUUGAGAAGCACGAAUCAGUUUACAGAUAUUCUUGCUGUAUAUUUUGCGUUAGCGAAUUUGAUCCUGUUGUUCUCGCAAUCUUCGUAGUUGUUUUUUUUUCUAGUUUCAUUUUAUUUGAACAGUCGUCCACAUUCGAUAUCAUCCGUCUGUUUUACUGAUGCAUAUACAUGUAUUAAUAAUACUUUUUGACUACUC